AAUUUCAACCCCUAAAUUCUCCUCCACUUGCUAUAAAUCCAAAACCAAACCUAACCAAAAAGCCAACAAAAAAACCACAAACAAAAUGGAUGAAAAAUCAGAAAAAUGGCAAGGCCUAAUCUCAACAAAGCUCAACUCAAUCCAACCAGACGAAGCUUGGUCUACACUCGGAGACUUCUUCAACCUCCACAAGUUUCUUCCCUCACUUGCAACGUGUCAUAAGGUCGAGGGCUCCGAUAACGUCCGAUAUUGUGCCAGUGAACCGGACCAAACCGGUACGGUUUAUUGGGUUAAGGAGAAGUUGGUUGAAUUUAAUCCCAUAAAGAGGAGUUAUAGUUAUGAGAUUAUAGAGAGUAAUAUGGGAUUUGGGAGUUAUUUAGCAGAGUUGAGGGUUGUUGAGUGUGAUGAUGGUGGGUGUAAGAUUGAGUUGGGGUUUGAGUGUGAACCAAUUUUGGGUUGGACCCGGUCUGGUUUUGUUGAGUAUAUGGAGGGUGGGGUUAAGGGGAUGGCGAAGGGAGUUGAAGACGCUUUGUGUGCUAAUGAUGGUAAUUUGUGAGAUUUUUAGUUAGAUUUGUUUGUUUAAGUAUUACUGUUCAUGUUAUUAAUGAUGAUUGGAUUUUAGUUAAAGCUAGGUCUUGUUGCUUCUUGUUUUUGUUUGGCUAACCAAGCAAAAACGUGUUUGUAAUUUGUAUACCGUAUCUUUUUCUCUUCUUUGUUUUUGAAGAUUAAAUGAUGAUUGCUACUA